AUGUCUAGCGAAGCAGAAUCGCCAGCAUUACACUCGGCGCCGUCGGGGCCCCUUGGAUGUCCCGAGCUCCAGGCACCUAUUUCGCAGCGCGCGUCACACACUAGACACACAUAUCUCAACGACGAGGCGCCUGAAGACAUGCAGAGCUCCGGCUCAUCGUCGAGCAUUGAACCAGAUGCCAUCAGCGAUGACGAAGGGUAUGCUGCGACGACGUCGACUAGCUAUAUGACGUCCCUGGCCUCAGAUAUUAGGCGUGGCAUCGAGGAGAACGGAAGGGUCUACGCUGCAUACGGAAUCUACAAACCCUGGAUGCCCGUUGACGAUCGCGAGAUGGAUCGCAAUGAUUUACAGCACUGCAAGUUUACCCUUCUUAUGGAAGACCGGCUUUUCAUUGCGCCGAUCGUGAACAGCCCGCAAAGGAUCCUUGAUCUCGGCACUGGUUCUGGUAUCUGGGCCAUCGACAUGGCCGACCAGUAUCCUUCUGCCAAGAUCAUCGGCGUAGACACGGCGCCAGUCCAACCCAGCGUCUUGCCUCCGAAUCUUGUCUUCGAAGUGGAUGAUAUUGAGCACGACUGGCUAUGGGCACCAUCCAGCUUUGACUUCAUUCACGGCCGUGAACUUAUUAUGGCCAUCCACGAUUGGCCGCGACUCAUCCGCCAGGCCUUCAAUCACCUCAAGCCCGGGGGUCAUUUGCAGCUCGCCGGGUCCUACCCGGACUUUCAGUCUGAUGACGGUACCUUGCCCUCGGACUCGGCGUAUGUCGAAAUGGGCAAGAUCUAUUUCGACAUGUCAGAGCGGAUAGGUGCAUCCGGGCGAGAGGUACUGAAGUGGAAGCACUACCUCUCGCAGGCCGGCUUCGACGACGUUCACGAGCGCAUAUACAAAAUACCCACCAAUCCGUGGCCAAAGGACGAAAGGCUCAAGAAAGUGGGUGUAUUCGAGCUCAACCAUUUCCGCGACAGCAUCGCCAACGUCUUCGCCCGAGGGUACGAGCAGAUCUUGCACGGUGACCCGGCAUACUUUCAGGUCCUCCUUGCCCAGGCCCGUAAAGAAGUUCUCGACCGACGCAUGCAUAGCUGGGUACCAUUCUAUGUCGUCUACGGCAGACGGCCAGAUAAUCACGAAUCUCGACAUCCGGAGGCAUAG